AUGGUAGCCGGUCGGGCAGGCGCUCUCCUGAUCGUGGCCCUAGUGGGGGCUGCUGCUUGCGUCGCAUCAGCAGAGUUCUUUGAGGACUUUAGUUCUGGCUGGGAGAAUCGGUGGGCGUACUCCGCAGAUGACAAGUACUCCGGCAGAUUCGUAGCUGACACGCCUGAGGGCUGGCCCGACGCAGGCCUCAAGGUUCCGGAGAAGGCGAAGCACUACGGUUUGACCGCGAAAUUGGAUACUCCAGUGGAUCCCGCGAAGGGUCUGGUCCUCCAGUACGAGCUGAAGCUUACUGAUGGCCUGACCUGUGGUGGUGCCUAUCUGAAGUUCUUGACCGAGACAGCGGACUUCGACCCAGCUGAGCUCACAGAUGGCACGCCAUACACUGUCAUGUUUGGACCUGACAAGUGUGGCGGCACCAACAAGGUGCACCUUAUUCUUAAGCACAAGUCCCCCAAGACGGGCGAGAUUGAGGAGAAGCACCUGAAGAGCCCUCCCAUGGUGGAGUCCGACAAGGGCACUCACGUGUACACCGUGGUCAUCAAGCCUGACAACACCUACGCUCUGCUCAUUGACGGCGAGGAGAAGAAGGCUGGCAGCAUCCUUGAGGACUUUGACCCCGCCGUCAACCCCCCUGAGGAGAUCGAUGACCCUGAGGACUCCAAGCCUGAUGACUGGGUGGACCUUCCCAAGAUUGCUGACCCUGAGGCCACCAAGCCGGACGACUGGGAUGAGGACGCCCCUCGCAUGAUCGAGGACGAUGAGGCCGAGAAGCCGGAGGGCUGGCUCGAUGACGAGGCAGCAGAGAUUGAUGACCCAGGCACGCCCGAACCCCUUAUUCUCCAUUAUUUACCCGAGGACUGGGAUGAUGAGGAGGAUGGCGAGUGGGAGGCGCCUAAGAUCACCAACCCCAAGUGCAAGGAGGGCCCCGGCUGCGGCGAGUGGAAGCGCCCCCAGAAGUCCAACCCCGACUACAAGGGCAAGUGGGCCGCACCCCUCAUUGACAACCCCGAGUACAAGGGUGUGUGGAAGCCGCGGAAGAUCGCCAACCCGGACUACUUCCUGGACGAGUCCCCCCUGGCCAACAUCGGCAAGGUGGGCGGAGUGGCCAUUGAGAUCUGGACCAUGGACGAGGGCUACCUCUUCGACAACGUCCUCAUCGCCAACGACGCCGCUGCUGCUACCGCCAAGCGCGACACCCUCUGGGCGCCCAAGAAGGAGGCCGAGGUGGGCUGCGCACCUGUGCUUCUAGCACUGCCCACUUCCCUUACUGCAUGCCUUUGCUGUGCAUGCCCCCUUCUGCCCGCCUAG